UUGACUAAAAAGUAGACAUUUUAACUAGAAAUAAGACAAAUAUUCCUGGUAAGAUUUUGAGUUUUUGCAGUGAGCGAGACUGCAUAUGAAAAAGUUCCAAUUUUCUUGACCACACAGAUAAGCUCCAUAGCAGACUUCUGUGAUGAGUAUUUGCUGGACGUGUUGAUUGAUACUCUAGUUAAGUUCUGUGACUCGUAACCUUGCCAUACCUUAGCUUCUACUGAAUUGACGCCACUGGAGGUAGAGAAUAUCAAAGCCAAAGGCACUUUGUAAACUGUGUAGCACAGGUGUCAUCUAUGAUAUUAAGGUAAUGCAGGUGGAGGUGUGGAUGCUCCGGCCCAAUCAGCGCGGCCCAGCUGUGUUUAUGAGCGGGGCCUGGGGGCCGCGGCCCCGCUCCCCGCUCCCUGCCCCUGCCCCGGGCCUCCGCCAACCCCGUGGAUAAGUAGCUGCAGCGGCCGAGCAGGGACCGCGACCAUGACCAUGGCCAGGGCCGGGCUCCGCGACGGCAGGCCCCUGCUGGACUUACACAAGAAGGCGGAUGAGAAGAGAGCCCCAUUAAGAACUCGGGCAAACGCCUCCGGGGCCGCGGAGCGGCGGCCGCCCGCAGAGGCGGAGGAGAGCAGGACGGCCCCGGUCAAGAUCGAACCGGAGCGCAGAUGGGAAAGGAGAUUAUCAGCACAAACCAGUGAAGGCAUUAUCAUGGGAUUCCAUGAAGAAAGUAGGAUAUGCCCAGCUCAAAGUGCGGCCGCAGAUGAGUGUGUUGAGCAUAUGCUCCUCUACCCUUGUGGACUGCAGAGUUUUCACAACCUACAGACUCUGGUUCCCACUUUACUGCGUCAUGAAGUAGAAAUUGCUUUGGAGAAACUGGAUCUCAUUUGGGACCGGCAGUAUGCUUGGGACUUGUUUCUGGACAUGUUGAGAAGUCAAAUGCAAUACUGUUUUCCAAAUGUGGACCUACCUCGGCAUUUCACUGAUGCCACUCGAGGUAUUCUGGUGGACUGGAUCAUUCAAGUUCAUGAGUUUAUGCAUUUCCAAGAAGAGACCCUCUAUCUAGCCAUACACCUCCUCAAUCGCUCUCUGAGACAGCUGAAGGUGACUACAGCCAACAUGCAGCUCCUCGGCAUGGUUUGUCUUUUCCUGGCAGCAAAGAAGGAAGAGAGCCACCUCCCAGAGGUGUCUGGACUCUGCAGCUUAAUGGAUCAGGCCUACACGAAGCAUCAGCUACUGAGAAUGGAGCGCAGAGUUCUGUGUGCACUCAAAUUUGAUUUGUCCUACUGCCCUCCGCUGCAUUUUCUUCUCCUCUCUGGCUGCAUGGCUCGCUGCGGUGCCUUGGUGGUGUGGAUGGCUCGUUACCUGCUGGAGUUAUCCCUCCUGGAGGGCCAGUGUGUGGUGUUUCUACCUCUGCAGCUAGCUGGAGCAGCCCUCUGCUUGGCCCGCCGAGUUCUGCGCGAAUCUCUGACACCAGAGGGGGAGGCCGCCUGGUGCCUGUCCUCCAGCAUCCAUGUCGGCAGUGAGACCACUCUGCUGAAGAUCAUGCAUAUUCUAGCUAAUUCUGCUGCAGCCAAGGCCCACAACAAAGAGACCUGUGCUACUUUUAUUAAGUUCUCCUCUCCAAAGACCAUGCAUGUCAGCACACAUCCAGGUCUGAAGAAUGCUGCAGAUCUGCUGGAUGUGUGCCUUUGACAGGCCGUGCUCAAAGGAACAUGACGG